AUGACUGCGUCUACCCUAUCACUACGAUCUAUCAUUGAAAAAGAUGAAAGGUUUGAUAACACAAACUUCAUUGACUGGUAUCAAAAUCUUAAGAUUGUAAUUAAAUCAGAGAAGAAACUAUACAUCAUUAAUGAACCUGUUAAGGAAGUGCUUGAACCUAAGGCUACUCCAAAAGCAAGAGAUACUUAUCAAAAGUAUCUCGAUGAUGCUGACAUUAUGCAGUGUUUGUUGUUGUCAUCAAUGACGUCUAAUCUGCAAGAGCAACAUCAGCAUUUGGAUGCUAGUUCUAUCAUAACAAAUCUCAACGAACUCUUUCAGAAUCGUGCUAGACACAAACGCUAUGAGGCAUCAAAGGCAUUUUUUAGAUGCCAAAUAUCUGACGGAGCCCAAGUUGGCCCACAUGUAAUCAAGAUGAUUGGUUACAUCCAGAGGCUUGAGACUUUUGGUAUUUUAAUGGAUGCAGAACUUUCCAUGGACCUUAUUCUAAAAUCCUUGUCUGAAUUCUUCUCCCAAUUCAUUUGA